CCCAUCAGUGGCACCUAUCAGUGCCAGUCAGUGCUGCCUAUAUUAGUACUCAUCAGUGCCGAGUAUCAGUGCUCCUCAUUGCUGCCUAUCAGUGCUAUGCUUAUCAUUGCUGCCUAUAUCACAUAUCAGUGCCCAUCAGUGAUGCCUAUUAAUACCAAUCAGCGCCGCCUAUCAAUGCCUCCUCAUCAGUGCAGUCUAUCAGUGCCAAUCAGUGCCACCUAUCAGUGCCGCCUAUCAGAGCCAGUCAGUGCCUAUCAGUGCCAAAUAUCAGUG